AUGGGAGAGUUUCACAAAGUAAAACAAUACUACAAUCGUAUUCUAGCUGAAUCAUCAAUAGUAGACCUACGUACGACCAAUUGCUAUUUCGAAUUAGAUAACGUUGCAAUCGAACAGGAUGGAUAUUCCGAUGCACUCGCUUAUCAUCCUAAAGUUUUGGAUGCAAAACAAAAUUUUUUAGAUGAAGAAAAUGCAAACGUAGCGUUCAGUUAUAACCAAAUCGGAGCGACAUACAGACGAUUAGGUAUCUAUGAUCAAGCUCUCGAGUACACAAGUAUAGGUCUAAAAUUGAGACUGAAAUGUCUUGAUAGCAAUGAUGUUGAUUUACCACAAAGUUAUCGUGAUAUCGGACUUGUCUAUUAUCGACUGAGCGAAAAAAAUCUAGUGUUGAUAAACUUCACGAAAGCACAUGAAAUUUAUGUUAAAGCUUUACUAGAAAAUCAUCCAGAUAUUGGAGUCAUAUCCAAGGCUCUUGGUGGUGUUUUCUACGAAAAAGGCGACUUUAAUACUGCACUUCACUAUUUUAGCCAAGCACUCACAAUCUUCCGCAAGUCUUUGCCACCAUCUCACACAUUUACAAAAGGAGCUGAUGUAAUGAUUGAACGCGCACAAUUCAUGCUAUUGAUAACACCGCAGCAAGCAGACUAA